AGAAAAUCGGGUAACACUUUAACUUUAGGCUGGUCUGUAGGCCAUGGCCCACCAUGGGCCCAAAGAGUGCCUCCAGCCCAAACGCCGUGCGUGGUGCCACUGCCGCUAGCACGCCGAAGAGAGAAGCAGCCAAACCGGAGAAGACUGCGAAGAUUGGUUCGCCUGGAUUGCCUGGUUUGAAAGCAAUAAAGACCACACUAACGUCUGAGGCAUCCCCUCAGGAUCGACAAGCCGAUGCAGAGCUUCUUCGCCAUGUUUUGUACGCCUUGCGGCUGCGAAUGAGAAUGGCAAGGGCAGUGACAGCCGAUGCGCAGACAAAGACGCAGAGCGCAGAGACGCUCCAAGCGGUGGUGCGGAUGUUUCUGGCCCGAUCAGAGAUGCUCUCUGAGGUUGCUGCACCGUGGCAGCCCGCACUCCAAGUGUUGUCACGGCGGGCCGAGCUGGAUGCGCAGAAGGGGGUCUCAGCAGUGGUGAAGGCCAUUGCAUGCCGCCAAGCGCUGGCCACUUCCGCCAUUGAGCAGGCGACCGGACGCCUCCAAGCCCAGCGGCGGGCUUGCGUAGCACAACGUGAGGUGCAGGUCAUCAAGGACGAGAGGUUCCUCCUGUCCAUUUUCAACAACGUACUGAUAAGGCAAAGGCUGAGUGAGCUUGUAUCUUCCAAUGCGGCGCAGACACUUCAGCAAGGACGUCGGUGCCAAGUGUCCCGAAGGGAAUUGGCAAGCAGGCAGCAGGAGCGACAGGACUCUUUGCUGGUGUGGGGACUGCUCCGUACCAUGCAGCUGCGCAUCGCCAAAGCUCACUUUGCAGCUGCAGACUCUGCCGUGAAGUUGCAAACUCUUCGACGCGGAAAAGUGGCGACACAUGAAGUGACCAGGAUGCGCGAAGAAGCUGAGGACUUUUCGGUGCUGGCACGGACCCUCCGCUGCUUGGUGCUGCGGAUCCGCUAUGCCAGCUUCGAAGAGGGGAAGGCCGCCUUGAAGCUUCAGCGAGCUGGCAAGGUGGCUUUGGCCAAGCGGCGGAACCGAAGAGCAUGCUUGGAGCGCUUGCAGGGACACUUGCUUGGCCUGCAGAAGAAGAUCGAGGCACAGAGGUUCUUGUGCCAGCUGCAUGAGCGAAAGCUUGCCUUGCUGCCUCCGGCUUUGGUGCGGCUGGCGCUCAAGGCAGCAUUUUUGCGGAAGAAGCUGGCAAAGCAACGAGAAGAACAUGCGGCCACGAUCAUUCAGGCACGAGCUCGUGGAGGCUUUCACCGCAGCCAGGUUAAGGAGGUGCAGAAGCAGAGGGCCAUCAAGAGGAUUUUCUGUGUUUGUCGUCGCUUUGCCGAACAACAACAGCUAGUGGCGCGACAGCAGCAGAAGGUCUUUGAUGAUGCGCUGGAGCUUUGGCAAUCUGUACUGGAGACCUUCAAGGAAAGGUCCCAGUUUGCACCCGAUUUGCUCUACAACCGCGCAAGCUUGAAGAUCGCUUCGAUGUGGCGUGGUGUAAAGGGGCGACAGGAAAUGCGAAGGAGAAGGUUGGAGAGGUCUGCUCAGAAAGCCUGUGACUGCUUGAGGGGCUUCCUGCAGUGCUACAACGCGCGAGAGAUGCUGCAAGUGCGACGAGCAGAGUCGAACAGAUCAGACAACAGGCUGUUGCUUUGCGCUUCCCUGCGCACGCUCAAAAUCCGCAUGUUUUUCAGGCACAAGGUUGAGGAAGCAAGGAAGCAAGCUGCCAUGGAGGUCCUGUCGCGAUAUGUCAAGGGCAUUUACUUGCGGACUGGCCGGGUUUUUGAUUGGGAGGCGUACUCCAGAAGAACUGGACGCCGCAUCACCGAUGACAUCCGUCGCAAGAUGCUGGAUGACAGGGAAGAGGUCGAGCUGGUGCAACGAGUGCGUGCACACACAAAGCGUGUCCGGAUUGAGAUCGAAGACGAGAGGCAACAGAUCUGCAACAUGGCCGCCUUGCAGCUCCAACGGAGUUGGCGGGCACGUCAGGCCAGGCUGCAGCAGCUGCUUCCGCGGCUCGCAGCUCGUUUGGGUGCCGAGCGGCAUCUCCUCAUCGAGAUGCAGCGCCAGGAGAUCCAAGGCUCCAGCUUUGGUGGCCAGUGUGGCUUGCGGCCCAUCCAUGCGCAGAUCAUGACGGCACGACCAAAGCCUCCUCGCGGUUGGCUUGCCAGCAUGGCAGAGGUGCCAGAGAGCAUUGUGGAUGUGGAUGCCGCUGAUUCCUUUGCAGUUGUCGUCGGACAGAGCGGCACUGCAUACUGCUUGCCCAGUCAUGGAGACUGUGACUUCAUCGGCUCGCCAGAGCCGUUGACCCUCUCGGGCCCUUUUGUCCUCCAGCAUCAGCGAGUCUUGUCACAGACCCCGAAGGUGCUCGAAGUGUCCUGUGGCUUGCACCACGCUUUGCUCCUUGCGGAGGGUGGCCUGUGCUUCGCCUGGGGUUUAAACGACUGCGGCCAAUGCGGUGUGGGUUGGCCUCGGCCAAUGUCACCACAGCAGGUCGUGGCUCAAGCCACGUGCCUGCAGCAUUGGGCCGCACAUUACUCGGCCAGUAUGGAAGAGAUGCGCACGGCCGGCCUAUUGGAACCGCAGAAAGGUGAUUCCUUGGCGUUUGCGUGCACUUCGGGUGCUGUUUUGCCACGAUUGAAAACCCUGUGUGCCGGACCCAUGUGCAGCUUGGCACUGGAUACGGAGGCCCAGCUUUGGGCUUGGGGAGCUUCCAGUGACCUCGGCCUGUCAUGCCUCAUGCCACAGACUGCCCCGCGCGCCCCACCAUCAAGAGGCACGCUUCGUGCCACAUCUGGAGGGCGGAAGGUGCUGACAGCUUGUCCAUUCUUGUUCUUUCAGCUCAUCAAGCCCAAAACGGCAGACAGUUCCCCCUCAGCUUCCAGCGAGCCUUCACAGGAUGCCAAGCCUCGUCCACGUUUAGAUGCGCAGCUCCUGGAGGACUUGGACCUGAAGGAGCUUCCUGGUGAUGUGCUAGCGCCGACGUUGGCUUGCAAUGUGACCCUUCUUGGGGAGGGUGUCCCACCUUCUUCCGCACAAACGGACACCGUUUUGCUCUACAAGGGUGGGCAGCCCCUUGCGAUAUUGGCUCCAGCUUGGGGUGCAGGUGCUGCGCGGUCAGAGAACAUGUUUGCAUCAAUUGCCUGUGGUCGGGUGAACUUUGCGGUGACUGGUCGCGGGGCUGUGCACAGCUGGGGAGCAAACCAGGAUCUUUUGCUUGCACGAUCCGGUGGUGCACCACCAUCACCUGUGCCCACCUUUUCACGUCUUGCCGCCCAUGUCACCAGCAUCAGCGUGGGUUCCGAUCACGCCGUCGCCCUUACGGCUCAUGGCCGGGUCUUUACUUGGGGGCAGUUGGAGGCCUGCACCAGCACUGAAAGAUUUCAGCGGCGCAAGGUUGCACAACCACUCGUCGUGGCAGGGGCUUUGCUGGGCUUGAAAGUCAGCAAGGUUCUGGCUGGGCGAAUUUCGAGCAUUGUUGCCAUCCAAGAUGCUGACACGCUGCUGGGCUGGGAUAUGAUGGAGCUUAUGACGAUUCAAGGGAAAGGCCAGGUGGACCCAGCGAUCUACGAAUUCACUGCUGCCUAUCAUGAACAACCUGUGCAAGGUCUCACACCUAUGUCUCCGAAGAUGUCGCUGAAGACAUCACCCACAAGCAGAUCGAUUGCUGAAAAAGUCUGCACCCCAUCAACCAGGUCACCCACCUCUCCAAGCAAAAGCCCUGCAGCAUCCCCAUCCAAAGCUUUGCCUGGGAAAGUGCAGAGGACGAAACAAGACACCAGCCGCAGGGUGUGCAUUUGCCAUUCACACACGCUGCAGCUCAUCUUGGAUGAUCCAACAACCUCCAGAUCUGGCACACCCUUCUCGCGCCCUGAGCUUUUUGCCUGGGCAGCGCAGCAGGCAGCUUCAGCUCACAGUCGAAAAGAUGAGGAGGAGGAACUCAUCAAGCAGCACUCCCUUCAAGAGAUGGCUGCGGAGCGACUUGCGAUCAAGCGCAUGAGCAACUUUGCGGUGGUGAAGGAGGUGGCCAAGCCUCGUGAUCUCUUAGAGCUGGACCGUGAGAUUGGGAGAUACCGAAGGUUGGCCAAUCCUCCCAUCGAGUUACGCGGACCGUGAACACCGAGCGGAUCCGGGUGGAUCCAAGCGGAUCCCGGUUCCCUCAAGAGUGGGGUGCUGUGAACACUUCCACCUGUUUGUCCAAGGUUCGCAGGAAUUUCUUC